CCCGCCUCCCGGCGGCCGCUGCCGCCGCACGCGCCGCCGCUCCGGGCCGCGGCUACCUCAGCACUUCCGGGUCGGGGGUGGGGCCGAGUGGGGAGGUUGGUGCGUGACGUUGCCGGAGGGGCUGGGGGCCGCUGGGCGCUUGUUAUUGUUCUCGGCGCCCGCGCUUCCCGCCGCCGCGCCUGCCUCCUCCGGGCGCUCUGGGGCGCGGAGAGAGGGAGGGAGAGAGAGAGGGGGAGAGAGAGAGCGAGGGCAGAGGCGCGGGAGCGAGCGAGCGAGGGAGCGCGCCCCCGCGCAGAGCGGCGCGCGCAGGGGCGGGAGGCGGCGGGCGCAGCGCGAGCCCGGACAGCGGGGGCGGGGGGAGAGCGCGCGCGAGGCGGAGGAGCCAGCGAGAGCCGGCGAGGCGGGGACUGGGCGGCCAUGGCCUACGCGUAUCUCUUCAAGUACAUCAUCAUCGGGGACACAGGUGUUGGGAAAUCAUGCUUAUUGUUACAGUUUACAGACAAGCGGUUUCAACCAGUCCAUGAUCUUACUAUUGGUGUAGAAUUUGGGGCUCGAAUGAUAACUAUUGAUGGAAAACAAAUAAAGCUUCAGAUAUGGGAUACGGCAGGGCAGGAGUCCUUCCGUUCCAUCACAAGGUCUUACUACAGAGGGGCAGCAGGGGCUUUACUAGUGUAUGACAUUACAAGGAGGGACACUUUCAAUCACUUGACAACUUGGUUAGAAGAUGCUCGUCAGCAUUCCAAUUCCAACAUGGUCAUAAUGCUUAUUGGAAAUAAAAGUGAUUUAGAAUCUAGACGAGAAGUCAAGAAAGAAGAAGGUGAAGCAUUUGCACGAGAGCAUGGACUUAUCUUUAUGGAGACAUCUGCCAAAACUGCUUCUAAUGUAGAAGAGGCAUUUAUUAACACUGCAAAGGAGAUCUAUGAGAAAAUCCAGGAAGGAGUUUUUGACAUUAAUAAUGAGGCAAAUGGCAUAAAAAUUGGCCCUCAACAUGCUGCAACUAAUGCAACGCUUGCAGGCAAUCAGGGAGGACAACAAGCUGGUGGAGGCUGCUGUUGAGCCUAUUUUUACUUUCUAGCUGCCUGGAUGGGGCUUACUAACUUGUUCGUUCACCCUCCCCCCCCCCCCCCCCCCCCCACCUGCCCCACUCGCCUCCACUUCAAUUCAACUGAGACAUGAAACUUGUAAGUUGGUUUCCUGUUGCAGAAGACGACUUUAUCCUUCACAUUCUUGUAUAACUUUGAAUAAAUGGUUAAUGUUCACUUAAAGACAGAUUUUGGAGAUUGUAUUCAUAUCUAUUUACAUUUGAUUUCUAGGUCAAUUGAUGUGAUUAUUUUUGUUAAAUGUUGUCUUGUGCCCUUGACUACGAACUGAAUUGUAUUAAACACUACAAAGUCAUCUGAGUAUUUUAAUCAGUUUGUGUAGUUAGGUUUCCCAGUUCCUGUGGUUACCUAAUGUUUAAUAUUGUAGAGCUGUCCUCAAGUUUUUUGUCAAUUUUCAAGGCUAUGAAGAGAAGCAGAAGGACUCUUUUAAUUCUGUAUUUAUCACUUUCUGUAUAUAUAGUUUAAUAACCUGCUUGGGUGUACUUGCCAAGCUAGAAUUCUUUAAUGCAUUUGCAUAAAUUCUAUACUAUUUAGAGCUUGAAAACUACAGAAGCAUUAUUAGAAAUUGCUUGGACGCUAAAUUUUAAACCUUUUUGACAUUAUUAGCAUGUUCAUCCUCCCCUGUCCUUAUCCUGAAGUCCAAGAAAAUGCUUAAUGUAUAUUACUAGAGGCUACAUACAUGCUAUCUAUUUUAAUGCCAAAUGUUUGCUGUUUGUCCACAAUUUCCACAGCACCUCUUCAGAAAUGGAUUAGCUGUUUGCCUUAAUGAAUACUAGAGGUAAAAACAGAGUAUGAAUGAAAAACACAGGAGGAGUUGAUAAAUUUAAAAUGGCACAUUAUUAAAACUUUAAUGUUCUUUUCUUGUUUACCACUUGAUUUCUAGGUAUAUUUUUCAUGCAAGGGCAGUUUUUCAACCUAAUUGUACAGUGUUUGUGUAAAGUUUUCUUUUAGUGGCAACUUGUAAUCCUAAAUAUAUGGUAAGCAUCUUGUCUAUUGUGAAGAGGGUGUGAAAAUAAAAUCUACUGGUUUGAAAAUCUUGAUGAAAAUCAAAACUAGAAAUGCUUUGGUACUUAUUAUGGGGGAGGGGAGGGCUUGUGCUGCCUCAAAUGAAAUGGUUGCAACCGUACAAAAAAUCCUGUGUUCAAUACUCAUGUCACUUUCCCUACAAAUGAGGAAACAAAUGAGUUUCCACCUCUUCUUUUUUAUAUAAAUCACAGAUAAAGGGGUAACACUAAUGCAAGGCCAUGCUUCAUGUAUCUUUAAAGAUGAAAAAAAAUGACUGCAAAACUUGUGUCUUAUUGGACCAAUACUGACUGCAACACAACACUGGGGGACAUGGAGCCUCAUGUCACCCAUUCUUAUUGUCAAAACUUUAACAUUGAAAGUGGAUAAACCUCAGUCUGACAAGUGUAACAUAGCAAUGGUUCUGAGAUUAAAUAAAAGUUAAAAAAUGUGUGCAA